CCCAUCAUCCCCCAGCACCACCGUCAAGACCCCAGGGGCUCCCUCUUUCCUCCACAGACUGUGGACUUAGGGAAUCCCAAACGAUGACAGAAAAGGAGGUGCUGGAGGCCCCCAAGCCCUCCUUCCCAGCAGAGACUCGGCAAAGUGGGCUACAGCGGCUGAAGCAAUUAUUCGGGAAGGAGUCUCCUGGGACCAAGGAGAUGGAGCUUCCCCCAGAGCCCCAGGCCAAUGGGGAGGCAGUAGGAGCUGGGGGCGGGCCCAUCUACUACAUCUAUGAGGAAGAGGAAGAAGAGGAGGAGGAGGAAGAAGAGCCACCCCCAGAACCUCCUAAGCUUGUCAAUGAUAAGCCUCACAAAUUCAAAGAUCAUUUCUUCAAGAAGCCCAAGUUCUGUGAUGUCUGUGCCCGGAUGAUUGUGCUCAACAAUAAAUUUGGGCUUCGCUGUAAGAACUGCAAAACUAACAUCCACGAACACUGUCAGUCCUACGUGGAGAUGCAAAGAUGCUUCGGCAAGAUCCCCCCUGGUUUUCAUCGGGCGUAUAGCUCCCCACUCUACAGCAACCAGCAGUAUGCUUGUGUGAAAGAUCUCUCUGCUGCCAAUCACAAUGAUCCUGUGUUUGAAACCCUGCGCACUGGGGUGAUCAUGGCAAACAAGGAACGGAAGAAGGGACAGGCAGAUAAGAAAAAUCCCCUAGCAGCCAUGAUGGAAGAGGAGCCAGAGUCUGCCAGACCAGAGGAAGGCAAACCCCAGGAUGGAAACCCUGAAGGAGAUAAGAAGGCUGAAAAGAAGACACCUGAUGACAAACACAAGCAGCCUGGCUUCCAGCAGUCUCAUUAUUUUGUGGCUCUCUAUCGGUUCAAAGCCCUGGAGAAGGACGAUCUGGAUUUCCCGCCUGGAGAGAAGAUCACAGUCAUUGAUGACUCCAAUGAGGAAUGGUGGCGGGGGAAAAUAGGGGAAAAGGUUGGCUUUUUCCCCCCAAACUUCAUCAUUCGGGUCCGGUCUGGAGAGCGUGUGCACCGUGUAACGAGAUCCUUCGUGGGAAACCGCGAAAUAGGGCAGAUUACUCUCAAGAAGGACCAGAUAGUGGUGCAGAAAGGAGAUGAAGCCGGCGGCUACGUCAAGGUCUACACCGGCCGCAAGGUGGGGCUGUUCCCCACCGACUUCCUGGAGGAGAUUUAGGCGUGCAGGAGCCGGCUGACGGGAGAUACCCAUGCCCCAUUCUGGGCAGGCCCAGUGGAGGUUGGGGAGGAAAGGGGUGAAAGCAACUAUAUUGGAAAGGGGAGGGGUGGAAGGCCUGCCAGAGCGUGACGGGCCUUCUGGGAAGGGACUGGUUCCCUUCCCCCUCCCCGCGGCCUAGAGCCUUGGAUACCUGGUACCCAGAGCGGCCUCACCUGCAACUCCUCAGGCCCAGCCGUUGAGAGCUGGAAAAAGAACGCAUCUCCACUAGGAGGCGCCCUGGGGGCGUGGGAGGCGAACAGUCAAAUGUUGCGAAUGUAUUAAAGUUUUGGAAAAAGUUA